AUGCAGUGCAUGCGGCGCAUCGCGCCGCUGCUGCUGCUGCUGCUGCUGCUGGCCUUUAGCAGCAGCAACAACAGCAGCAGCAGCAGCAGCAGCAUCUUCAGCAGCAGCAGCAGCAGCAGCAGCAGCAUGGGUUUCAUUACAGCGGCGAAUGCAGAGGGAGCAGCAGCAUGGGUUUCAUUACAGCGGCGAAUGCAGAGAGUCUGCGAGGAUUGCCGCAGCUGGGAGAAGGCGGAGCACCCCCCCGACGUCUACAAGCGGGGAUUAGCAUCGACGAACAAGACAGAGCUCAGAAAGGGUUUAUUGUUAUAUGUGUUUGUGGUGGUUUUGGGGGUUUGGGUAACACUCAAGAUUGCAGACGAUGAGUAUAACGUUAGUGUUUGUGGUGGUUUUGGGGGUUUGGGUAACACUCAAGAUUGCAGACCUGCAGCAGCAGCAACUGCAGCAGCAGCAACUGCAGCAGCAGUAGUAAAUGCUGCAGCAGCAGCAGAAGCUGCUGCAGCAGCAAAUGCUGCGGCAGUGGUACUAGAUGCUGCUGCUAUAAGUGCUGCUGCUGCAGCAGCAGAAAGUUCUGCUGCUGCUGCAGCAGCAGAAGCAAAUGCUGCGGCAGUGGUACUAGAUGCUGCUGCUAUAAGUGCUGCUGCUGCAGCAGCAGAGAGUCCUGCUGCUGCUGCAGCAGCAGAAGGUCCUGCUGCUGCUGCAGCAAUUGCUGCAGCAGCAGCAGAAAGUGCUGCAGCAGCAGAAAACGUUGCAGCAGCAGCAAAUGCUGCGUUUACUGCUGCUGCUGCUGCUGCUGCUGCUGCUGCUGCUGCAGUAGGUGCUGCCACAGCAGCAGCAGCACUACGGGCUCCAGACGUACAGGAGCAGCAGCAGCAGCACAUCGUGCUGCAGCCUGAUCAGCAGCAGCAGCAGAAGCAGCAGCAGGAGCUACUUUUGCUGCUGCAGCAGCAGCAGCAGCAGCAGGAGCUACUUUUGCUGCUGCAGCAGCAGCAGCAGCAGCAGGAGCUACUUUUGCUGCUGCUGCUGCUGCAGCAGCAGCAGCAGGAGCAGGAGUUACUUUUGCUGCAGCAGCAGCAGCUAACGUCCUUGCGAGGCUGCUGCAGCAGUUCUGCUGCCGAGACACCGCACAGCAGCAGCAAGAAAGGGGUAGCGUUGCUGCUGCUGCAGGAAGUCUGUGUCUGCUGCUGCUGCUGCUGCUGCAUCCCGCAGCAGCAGCAGCAAUCCCGCAGCAGCAGCAGCAAAUAA